CUGCACAGCCAGUGUCAGAGCUGCAGCCGUGUGUGUAGCACUGUGUGUGUGAGAGAGUGUGUGUGAGAAGGAAAGAGAGAGAGGGAUAGAGAGAGGAGGAUUUGGGUUUCAGCCUCCGGUGCUCGAAACUUUACGCAGGGAAACAGCAGGUGAGUCUGGAGGAUCUCUCUGCUGGCAGGUCUCCUCCUCCUCCUCCUCCUCCUCCUCCUCCUCCUCCCUCCACUUGUUGAUGGGGCAGUGAAACGCCGCCGGAGCGCUCGUGAAGCGGCAGCAGUCCAUGUGCGUAAAUUGUAUGGUCAGCGCGUCUGCGUGCGUGCGUGCGGGCGGAUGGCGGCGGCGGCGGCGGUGAUGUCUGGCGGCCGGUAGCGGCUCCCGGGGUCGGAUCGCAUUAAACCACGGGGCUGCCGAGCAGGUGAGCGGCGGCGGCGGCGGCAUGGGGAACCAGAUGGACCGGCUGUCGCAUUUAAGUUACGCCGAAGUUCCCACGGUGGACCCCAACGGCGCGGACGCGGAGGACGGACCGCGCAUCGGCGUCUCCUACAUAUUCUCCAACGACGACGACGAGCUGGAGGACGGCUGCGCGGCCGACGGCUCGGAGCGGGACCCCAACCAGGAAGAGAAGCACUACGACCGCAGGGACGAGGUGGAGUGCGCCGUCUACAACCGGGACGAGUGCAUCUACGAGAAGAGCGCCAAGUGCGCCAGCCUGGAAGUUUACUCCCCGGAGAACCUGCUCAACAAAUGCAAGGCGGGGGACCUGGUGGAGUUCGUGGCCACGGGCCAGUACCCGCACUGGGCCGUGUACGUGGGGGACUUCCAGGUGGUGCACCUGCACCGCGCCGAGGUGAAGAACAGCUUCCUGACGGACGCGGGCCAGGGCCGGAGGUGCCGGGUGGUCAACGAGCUGUACAAGUUCAAAGCGCUGGGCGCGGACGUGGUGGUGCAGAACGCCAUGGAGCAGGUGGGGCUGAAGGAGCGCGAGCUCAGCUGGAGGAACUCCGAGUGCUUCGCGGCCUGGUGCCGGUUCGGGAAGAGGGAGUUCAAGAUGGGGGGCGAGAUCCGGAUAGGCAAGCAGCCGUACCGGCUGAAGAUCCUCGUGUCGGACAAGCACGCGCACGUGCUGGAGUUCCAGAGUUUGGAGGACAUGAUCAUGGAGAAGAGGAGGAACGACCACCUGGGCCGGGCGGCCGUGCUGCAGGAGCUGGCCGCUCACUUCAGCAGCGUGGAGGAGGUCCGGAGCGAGCCCGGAGCGGACUGACUGACUGACUGACCGCUUCCUCUGUCACACCGUCCACGUGCGACCUAUAGCAAGCCUUUUCACUCACCUUCAUUCACAUGGACCACACAUUUCAAACAUGGGUGAUUUUCUAUCCGUGUUUUUAGGAGUUCAUCAUAGUGCAGCAGAUGAGUAGUUUUCUUGCAGAGUGUUGGAUACUGUCACCAGACUGGAUCUUUUGGAAUAUGAGGGUAAAAGAGAACAACACUCAUCCUCCUCCUGCUGGUGAUGGUUCUGACGCCUCCCAGCAAAAAAAAAAAAAAAAACAGCAAACAGAACUCAGAUGCCAAAACCAACUGAA